CAGGCAAUACUAGUGGAAUCGUCUCGAAUCGCAGCAACGCAGAAUCCUCCGAUCGACGUGUAUCCAUAUACUAAGUUCGAAUAUAAUCCAUAUCAAUAUCUGGAUUCGUUUUAUGCAAAGAAGGACGUGUGCAACUCAUUGAAACAGGCAGCCGAUCUCGGAGCUCGUGGAGUAGUUUUGUGGAGUAGCAGUAAGAACAUGAAGCAACGGUGUGAAGGCCUAGCCGGAUACGUGCGCAAUAUGCUUGGACCGUGA